AUGGAUAAGUUCAUAUGGAAAGCUCGUAAUGACAAAGCUUUCAACGGCAAGGACAUCACUCCGCUGGAGACCAUCCAUCUUGCCAAGUCUGAGGCGGAAAGCUGGAAACUCGCCCAGAUAAUAGAGAAGCCGCACGAGGAGGAAGCUAUAGUCGAGGAAGCUGUCCCACGACCUCCCCCACCGCCCAUUCCAAAAUGCACGAUUGACGCCUCCUGGCACAAAGAAGAUAAUCUUUUUGGAGGAGGAAUGAUCUUGACGACAGAGGAUGGGGUGACGACAUUUGGUUCAUUCGCUAGUAACCGUGUCUUAACCCCCCUACAUGCGGAGUUCCAAACUCUACUGUGGGCCAUGAAAUCCUCUAUUCAGUUAGACCAUAGUGCAGUGACAAGACAGACUGCCUUCAGCUAG